UUAUAUGAUAGAAUUGUUCAUUCCAUUGCCUUUGUGUUCUUGGCGUCGUUGUUUUUUGUGCGUGAGAUUUGUUUCGUUAUUUGCUCCCAACCUGACCCUUGCAUUGUACCUUGUGACUUGUACCUGUUUUGACGAUUUUACCCAUAGAUAAUACACUAUAUACCAGGGAUAGAUGCGCCACUUACAUUUCAGUUUUCGAAUGGGUGUACCGUGUACGCUAGAUGCCGCUGUAUUCCUUAGUACAACGCGGCUUGCGGUAGUUACCACAUGGUUACUACUAGAUGGCGUAUUUUGUCAAUGACUAUAUUGGUAAUUAUGAACUAUGCAGUUUUAUUAAUAAUGUUUCUGUUUAUGCAUUCUACCAGAUAAUUAUUGGAUAUCUCCAAUGAUUAUCUUAAAUCUUCAAAUAGUAAUUUUGCAGAUAACAUUAACACUAAUAAAACUUAACCUAUUUCACAUAAGAUUUUAUUUUAAUAAUAAUAUCAAACACUGAACAGAAUUUAAAUUAUGUAUUUAUUUUCUUUUAUGAAUGUUAUAAUAUUUAAUAGCUUGAGUGUUGACAUUAUCAUUUUCACAAUCACAAAUCAGUAGUUAAUAAUUUUCCAUUUAGCAGCCUGUUAACAUUGGUGCAUAAACUGUGAACAACCACAUUUCUUGUUAAAUUUAGUAAAUAAUCAUAAAGCCUAAAUGAUGAUAUUCACACGCGAGGAACGAAUAGUUGCAAAAUAUUUUCGUUUUCUAAAUUAUCGUAUCAAUAAUUUUCGUAUUUAUUAGAAAGAACUGUCAAGUGUCAACCGAGUGUGUCAACCAUAACCAUAGACCAAAACUGCCAUAGAUUUAGGUUUUUUUGGCUUUGGAUUCUGGGGUUUUGGCUAAAUUAACGCCAUCUAUUCAACGCUGAACAAAACUAGCCUACAAGUUUAUGUACCUUGUUCACUAGAGGGCAGAACUUUCAAUGCAUUUUUAUUCUUGUAAAUUAGUAUGGCAGUUUCAUCCCCCUGAUUUUACCUGGCAUUGUAUUUGGACUACGAACCUUACACGAACGACGACCCUUGCUUUCAUAUACGGACCUUUUUUUAUUUGAGACGGCAGACAACAAGCAACAACCCUCAGCCGUCAACUAGUGCCGUUUGUGACGCGCGCGCUUCAUCAUCAACCGAGACUGAGGCUGUUUAUACCGACGGAGUAUACGAGCAUAGGAGGUCGCACGCGGAAGAAUUAAUAAAAAUGCCGAAUUGGACCAUGCUUUUCAAAAAGCUACAAACUCGGGAGCAAUGUGUGGAGUUUGCAGAAGAACAUGGCCUGAUCCCUAAAAAUAAAAUGUGCCGCCAUCAUCGCAUCCCGAUGCGAAUUUCAUAUGGGAAUUGUAAGAAUGUUGGCCAAUUUAUAUGCACUAAAGGCAACUGUCGGGCACGCUCGAAAGUUUCUCGAGCUAAGGGACACGUGGUUCGAAAACGUGAAGUUAUCGAUGCUGCAUGUCUACUUCUUAAUGUACGCCUUUGCCCACCGAUGGUCAUAUGACAAUGUAAUAUUUGAGGAUCCGGAGAGAGAUACGGAAGGCUGCCUCUCAAUGGCAACAAUAGCCGACUGGUAUAGCUACUGUCGUGAGACAGUAGUUAUAUACCAGAUAAAUGUACAAAAAAAUAUGGGUAAAAUUGGUGGCCCUGGCAAGGUGGUCCAAAUCGAUGAAAGCAAAUUUGGAAAGGGAAAAUAUAACAAAGGACGACACAUUGAAGGCCAUUGGGUCCUUGGACUUAUUGAAGAUGGGAGUGAAGACCUUCGGCUAGAAGUUUGCCCGGAGAUGUGCGCUCAGCAGAAGUGUUGGUGCCCCUGAUCCAGAAGCAUGUGAUUGAGGGGUCAAUUAUACAUACGGACUGCUGGCGUGCAUAUGAUUGUCUGGGUUCUUAUGGAUACAUCCAUGAAAAGGUGAAUCACUCGGACCCAGACAAUCCUUUUGUUGCUCCAGAUGGAACUCAUACACAAAGGAUUGAGGCACAGUGGCAUGUCGUUAAAAAGUAUUAUAAACAUAACAUAAAUAACCCUAAAGAUUUUUCGGAUAGUAUUGUAGAAUAUAUGUGGAGAUGAAGAAUACAAAGAAAUAAAAAAGAUUUAUAUUUAUCACUUAUAGAGACCAUAAACUUUGUUUAUAAAUUUAAAUAAAGAAUUUAUUUUU